CAUUGAACUACCAUCUCAACACCAUGGUAACUGAGAUCGACUCGGACAAUAAGACGGUUAAGACGUCUUCAGGCGACACCGUUCCAUAUGACAUUCUAGUUCUCGCGACCGGAUCAGAUGCCUUGCUACCAAGACAUACUCCAGGUCACGAUGCAAAGGGCGUGUUCGUGUACCGCACCAUCGAAGACCUGCAAAAUCUCAUCGAAUUCGCCUCAUCUCGAAAAGGCACCACCGGUGCUGUUGUAGGAGGAGGCCUGUUGGGUCUUGAGGCUGCGAAAGCGAUGAUGGAUCUCGAAGACUUUGGUCAAGUGAGACUCAUUGAGCGAAACCGAUGGGUGCUAUCAAGGCAGCUCGAUGGCGACGCAGGUGGCAUGGUUGUCGAGCAAGUCCGCGCGCUUGGACUUGAUGUCAUGCUCAGCAAAAGAGUUGGCAAGAUCUUGACGACUGAAGAGAACGCUGUGAAGGGUGUUGUCUUCGAAGACGGUGAAGAGAUGGAGUGCUCUUGCAUAUGCUUCGCCAUUGGAAUUAAAUCGCGAGACGAACUGGCGAGAAAGUCUGGCAUCAAGUGCGCUGACAGGGGCGGUGGCAUCGUUGUCGGAUCCGACCUCACGACCUCAAAACCAGACAUUUACGCUAUUGGCGAGUGUGCAAGCUGGGAGAACCAGACCUUUGGCCUAAUCGCACCCGGAGUGGAGCAAGCAGAUGUCCUGGCUUUCAACCUCACACAAGCAAAGGCACAUGCUCCACGGAAGUUCAAGAGCCCAGAUCUGAGCACGAAGCUUAAACUUCUCGGUGUUGAGGUUGCCAGUUUUGGCGACUUCUUUGCAGACAGAGAUGGACCGAAGAACAUGCCUGGAAGACAGCGAGCUGAGAAGAAAGAGGCUGGAGGCAUUAAUGGUACGACACCUCGAGACAAGGUCAAGAAUUUGACUGAUGGCCCAGCUCCUCCACCAGUCAAGGCGCUCACGUACAAGGAUCCAUUCCAACAAGUUUACAAGAAAUACCUCUUUACAAUGGACGGAAAGUACUUGCUGGGUGGAAUGAUGAUCGGUGACACCAAGGACUACGUAAAGCUCGUACCAAUGGUCAAGAAUCAGAAGCCGCUUGAUAUGCCACCAAGCGAGCUCAUUAUCGGAGCGUCAAAGGGCGACGACGACGGCUCAGAUCUCACUGACGAUACGCAAAUCUGCUCAUGUCACAAUGUAACGAAAGGCGAUGUAGUCAACUCCGUCAAGGACGGAACAUGCAAGAGCAUCGGCGACGUCAAAUCAUGCACAAAAGCCGGAACUGGGUGUGGUGGCUGCAUGCCACUCGUUCAAACAAUCUUCAACAAGACCAUGGCAUCUAUGGGUAACGAGGUGAAGAACCACGUAUGCCCGCACUUUGAACACUCUCGCGCAGACUUGUUCAACAUCAUCUACGUCAAGGAGCUCAAGGACUUCUCGGCAGUCAUGAAAGCUUGUGGAAAGGAGCCUGAGUCACUAGGUUGCGAAGCCUGCAAGCCUACUAUUGGAUCAAUCAUUGCAUCGCUGUACAACAAACACUUGCUCGACCUGGACAGGAGAGGUCUACAAGAGACGAACGACAGGUUUCUGGCCAACAUCCAGCGCAAUGGCACAUUCUCGGUCGUACCGCGUGUAUCAGGUGGCGAGAUCACACCGGAGAAGCUCAUUGUCAUCGGCAUGGUGGCGAAGAAGUACAACCUCUACACGAAGAUUACUGGUGGACAGCGUAUUGACAUGUUUGGUGCGAAGAAACACCAACUGCCUGAAAUUUGGCAAGAGUUAAUCGACGGCGGCAUGGAGUCUGGUCACGCGUACGCGAAAUCAUUACGAACAGUCAAGUCAUGUGUGGGAACGACAUGGUGCCGCUUCGGUAUUGGCGACAGUGUUGGUAUGGCUGUGCGUCUGGAGGAGCGAUACAAGUCGAUCCGUGGACCGCACAAGAUCAAGGGCGGAGUGUCAGGCUGCGUUCGCGAGUGUGCUGAGGCGCAGAACAAGGACUUUGGGUUGAUCGCAACGGAGAAGGGCUUCAACAUUUUCGUCGGUGGUAACGGUGGCGCGAAACCGCGGCACUCAGAACUCCUGGCAAAGGACGUCCCGCCUGAUGAUGUCGUGCCAAUCCUCGAUCGCUAUCUCUCGUUCUACAUCCGCACCGCCGACAAGCUGCAAAGAACCGCGCGAUGGAUGGAGAACCUACCAGGCGGCAUAAAAUACCUACAAGAAGUGAUCCUUGAAGACAAGCUCGGGAUCUGCGCGGAUCUCGAAAAGCAAAUGGAAGACCUCGUCGGUACCUUCUUCUGCGAAUGGACCGAAGUCCUCAAAGACCCUAAGAAGCGCUCCUGGUUCUCCCAAUUCGCAAACACAUCCGAAACCAUCAGCGACACCAUCGAGCCCACGCAAGAGCGCGGCCAAGAGCGCCCCAGCUACUGGCCCAAAGACUCCAUCACAGAAGACUUCCGCGGCCACAAGUGGUCUGAAUUAUCAUGGCAGCCGCUCGUCAAAGCCGAGGAAUUCAAAGAUACAGAUACGGGCGAUAGCAAGGCUAUCAAGCGCGGCGACACGCAACUCGCCGUCUUCAAAGUCCGCGGCAAAUACUACUGCACGCAGCAAAUGUGUCCGCACAAGCGGGCAUUCGUGCUCUCAGAUGGCCUGCUCGGCGAGGACCUCGCAAGCAACAAACUCUGGGUCUCGUGUCCGUACCACAAGCGCAACUACGAACUCAGCGGCGACAACGCAGGUAAAUGCGCAAAUGACGAGUCGGUCAACAUUGCAGUGUUCCCGAUUGAGGAGCGCGGCGAUGGGUAUUUGUACGUCAAGCUACCGAGUGUGGAGGAGUUGGACAGUGUGUUGGGCACGUCGAAGUUUGUCAUCAAGAAGAGCGAGACGGAAGAUCCGUUUGUGGCGCUGGAUAAGAAGCUGGAGCGGUUGGCGUUGAAGGGCAGGAAGGGGACGCAAGUCUCACAUCUGGAAAAUGGGCUUGGUGAGAAGGGCAAGGCUGCGAUGAUUUUGGCAGGGGGCGAGAGGGGUGCUGGCGGGCUGGACUGGUAGACGUGUUUGAAAAGGGCGUUGUUGGAUCAUAUGAGGCGUUCGAUUUUGGUGCAGAGAUUCCCAGUGUAGUUUGAAAUGUGAACACGUACAUGUA